AUGUCGGUGGAGUCACCAUCCACCGACUGCAUUGAGCACGAGAGGAGAGGAGCUGGCUACUGGAAGAUACCGAAAGAUGGACUAAUGGUCAUGCGUGCGUCUCUGUCCAAGCUCAAACUGCUCAUCAUAGACGAAGUGUCGAUGGUGUCCAGUUUGAACCUUGCGUACAGUCAUCUCCGUCUCGAUGAGAUCUUUGCCCGAGACGAGUGGUUUGGCGGGGUGAACGUUCUGUUUGUGGGAGACAUCCUGCAACUCCCACCAGUGAAUGGAGCUGUGUUUGAAAAGAUCAACAACAGAUCCAUAACAACCAAGCUCGGGUGCAUGACGUCAGUCAAUAUCUGGCAAGAGAACGUGGUCUACGACAAGUUGACCAUCAACAAAUGUCAGAAAAAGGACCAGUCAUUCAGCUCCAUGCUGACAAAGUACGACGGUGAUGCCGUCCUCCAGGCUCUCAAUGAGAGCCCACCACAGCCUCACGACGUCGAGAAGGUAAAGAGCAAGUUUAUGCUCAUGAAGAAAGUUUAUGUGUAUCGCAAGCAGUUCCCGCUGAUACUGCCAUUUGUCGUCACUGUGCACAAGCGCCAGGGUCUGUCGUUGGACUGUGCCAUCAUGGACCUGUCGGAGCAGGUGUUCUGUCCAGGUAUGGCAUACGUGGCACUGUCACGUGUGAAGCAGCUGGAGAACCUGCAUCUGAUUGCAUUCGAUGAGGAUGCAAUUAAG